AUGGCUUCGCGCGGGAACCUGAGCGAUUGCCGCUCCACCUCCCACGACACCCUGCGAAGCGGUAUGCCGUCGCCGCGGAUCGAACACUACGACGGCGAACUUGAUGAGUCCCGACGACUAGACCGGCGCAUGAGCCGCCUACCUCCUUCCAGCGUCGCCCGAUCGCUGUCCACCCCCCGCCCCGGAUAUUUCCGCGGGCAGUCGAGCGAGUCCCAGGUCGAUGGCCUCACGCGAAGGCCGACGCUGAAGUCACACCCGGAUUUCGAGGAACCCAAGUAUCGGCCUGUUUCGGAGCACCCCCGGUUCAGCUCCGUCUCGCUCGCGAGUAGCAAUGGCGACCCCCACGAUGAUGAUUCGACCCCGCGGACAACGAUGGUGCGGACAAGCUCCAGUACCUACGAUAUGCCACGGGCAGACUCCCCUGAAGAGGACUCGUCGCUCGCCGGCGGGGCCGAUGGCGCUCCUGUGGGCAUGGCAAUGACGGAGCCAUCGCGCGAGUCUUCCACGGACUCGAUGUCGCAACUCCAUAUCCCGCGCACUCUGGCGCCGCCGGUGUCCCCGCACUCGCGACCCUCGAGUAGCGCACGAGUGAUGCACCCGGAGAGCUCAGAUGACGACUAUAGCAGCUCGAAUGCUGGCUCAACAUUCUCCAAGCCGCGCAAGUUGUCCUCGGGCAGUACUGCUUCACUCCCAUACUCGCCCAUGUCUACCUAUCCAGCCCGGAUGCAUCCCCGUUCACCAUCUCUGAGCUCAGAAACCUCGGCCACCGGUCAUCUCCCCCGGCCGUCCUUUAACUUCUCUCGGCCGUUGAGCCGGUCCAGCACCAGUCUGUCUGCUCCGGGCCCAUCACCAACGUCUGAACCAAAUACAACACCAACUGCCGCGCCCCAACAGAGUCGGUGGAAUCGAGAGUCUAGUCAUAUGCACCGGCCGAGUAAACCGACCCCCAUUCUGGUGCCGUUGGCUAUGGAUGAGGCGGCGGCAACUCAACCGAACGAAGGUGAACCUUCUUCCGCUGUAUCCUCCUAUGUAUACGCCAAGUAUGACCUUCCGCGCGGACGCAUGCUGUCGCGAGACUCGGUGGUCUUCGCAGGUCUACAAACCCCCCAUUUCGAAUGGCAGGAGCCCUUGUUUGAGAACUCUCCACCCCGGCACUCUGAGGAGCCGCCGCGCUCAGCUCGAACCCCGCCCCCCUCGCAUCCCAAGCUGGAGAGUUCACCCAAGCCCCAUUCCAUGUACGAGGUUACGACCCCGACCACGACCCCGAUCCCGGAAAUUAAGCGCGCACCCCCAGCACCCGUCUCACCACCCAAGCCUCCUGCAGCCCCCGCGGUGGUCACACCUUCGCGGCCAUCCACUGAAUCUGCUGCACCGACGAUCAAUGACCAGGAUGAGACCGUCUCAUCCGUGGACUCGGCCAGCACUCUUCGCCCACAGACGGCCACAACCCAAACCACCCAGGCAGCCCAGCCAUCGACCUCGGCUGCCACCGCUGACGAUCAUGUCACAAAGGGUAUCGAACUGCACGAGGCGGGCUCGCUGAGCGCGUCGACCUACCAUCUGCGCAUUGCUGCUAAGCAGAAUCACCCCACCGGUAUGCUACUAUACGCACUUGCCUGCCGUCAUGGUUGGGGCAUGCGGUCCAACCAGCAAGAAGGCGUGCGAUGGCUACGCAAAGCCGUGGAUUCGGUUGGAUUGGAAAUGCUGGAGAACCCGGAUGCACCGGGUGCGUCCAAGGCCAAAGAGCUUCAGAAGGCGUACCGAGCCCAGUUUGCGCUUAGUAUUUACGAGCUGGGUGUCAGCCACCUCAACGGCUGGGGUAUCGAGCAGGAUAAAUCCCUGGCUCUGCGAUGCUUUGAGAUUGCCGGCCAAUGGGGCGAUGUUGAUGCCAUGGCCGAGGCCGGAUUCUGCUACGCAGAGGGGGUUGGCUGUAAGAAGGAUAUGAAGAAGGCGGCGCGGUUCUACCGCGAGGCCGAGUCCAAGGGCAUGAGCAUGGUUGGCAACAGCUGGAUCUACAAGGACAAAUAUAUGGGCGAGGACGACCGCCGUGGUGGACGCUCGCGUGGGCGGACCGUCAGCAACGAGAAGAAGUCGCGCAGCAAGUCGCGUAGUCGCGGCAUCUUUCGGAAGAAGUCGGUCCCCGAGGCAUAG